UGCUUUGUUGAGGCUGGGAAGCCAUUUUGGGAUUCUGUGGUGUGGAAUAGAAAAUAAUGUCCUGUCAACUUGCAAACUUGCCUUGAAUUGUUUUGACUGGGAUUGCUGGACCUCGGAACAGAAUGCUGAAGCAUAUAAUCAUUCUAAAUAUGUGAAGCGGAUGACUCAGGAUUUUGGAUAUAUAGUAUGAUUUGAAACAGUCACCAUGGAUUUUUCACGUCUACACACGUACACCCCACCCCAAUGUGUGCCAGAGAACACUGGCUAUACAUAUGCACUCAGUUCAAGUUAUUCUUCAACUGCUCUGGAUUUUGAGACUGAACACAAAUUGGAUCCAGUGUUUGAUUCUCCAAGAAUGUCAAGACGCAGUUUACGCUUGGUCACUUCAGGAUAUAAUGCAACAGAUGAUGCCCAAAAUGACAACAUUCAUAGCAAUUCCUAUAUUGGAAACGUAUCUUUGUCAGAUCAGUCAUCCAGAACAGCAAAGCAGCGCAAAAGUAUGAGCAAGCAGUCUGUCACUGUGAAACAUACUCCAAGAAAAAAUGUAUCCAGCUCUUCUAUUUUUAGCCAAAGUAGUUUCAAUAGCCAUGCCAGUGAUACAUCUCUGGUAUCUACUGUAUUGGAUGAAUCUUUGAUUCAGGAGCAAACAGAAGUUGACCAUUUUUGGGGGCUUGAUGAUGAUGAAUGCGAUCUUAAAGGUGGGGAGACAACAGUGAUUCAGGGAAAUGGUGAUAUAGCAACAGCUGAAACACAGACUACCAUGAUCAAUGGCUAUACUUGCAGUGACUGCAGUAUGCUUUCUGAACGGAAAGAGGUCCUCACAGCGUACUCUGCUUCUCACAUGCCAUCUUCAAGAAUUUACUCGAGGGAUAGAAGCCAAAAAUACAAGUCUAGAAACACCCCUUUCUACAUGAAUAAGAUUCUACGAUUGAUCAAAUAUACUGCAACAUCUUUUGCAUCACUGUUAGUGCAACUAUUUCAAAUGGUUUUGCUGAACCUGGGUUAUGAAUUUAAAGAAAUUCAGAUCUUAUCUAAUCAAGCUUUCCUGGAAGGUGCUACAGACAAACGGAGAACUGCUCACUCGAAUUACUGUGGAAGUAUGAAUGUAAAAGACUUUCUCAAAGAGGAUGGCCAUCUUGGUAUAAAUGGGGAAUCCUUGUGUGAUGACUGUAAGGGGAAGAAACAUCUUGAAACAUACACAACAGUCCACAUGCAAUCCUCAAGGUCUAAAAGGGUAGCAAGGACCAUUUGGCACACCUUUUCUUAUGCAGGUUACUUUGUGCUACAAGUGUUGCAAACAGUGGGAGCAACAGGAUGGUUUAUGUCUCAGAAGAUGUUAUCACUACUUUGGCUGGCCAUUGUUUCUCCAGGGAAGGCAGCUUCUGGGGUAUUCUGGUGGCUUGGAACUGGAUGGUAUCAACUUGUUACUCUGAUUUCUUUGUUCAAUGUGUUUCUUCUUACAAGAUGCCUUCCAAAGAUUUACAGGUUGUUACUGUUUCUCAUCCCACUGCUGUUUUUGCUAGGUAUAUGGUACUGGGGCUUUGAAGGCUUCCUUUCAUUACUGCCUGCAUUCAAUUGGACAAACAUACGUCAAACACAAAGAAUAGAUGAGCCUCUGCAGAUUCUUAAACCACAUCCUGAUUCUUCUCACUAUGUUCAGCCUCCAGAGGGUCCCAUACAGUUAUUUGAUUCUAGUCGUAUGAGUGAACUGGAAAAGCAAAUGGCCUUCAUGUCUGACAGAUGUCAUCACAAUGAUGAAGAAUAUGGCAAAGUGAUGCUACAGCUUGAGAAGCUUCAGGAUCAGGUUGCCCAGAUGAAUGACAAAAGUGAGAUGUUGAUACUAAUAAAAAAUGUAAUGGGCCAACAUCUUAAGGAAAUGCAAUCUGAGGAAAUGGCACGUUCAACGACUGAUCUUCUGGCUUUACACCAAGAACAUGAAUUGCGCAUUUUGACACUGGAAGACUUUAUUGGAAAACUUUCUGCAAAAUCUGAGGACAUCCAGAAGGAACUUGAACUAACCCAAACAAGAACAGUGAGUGGAAGUGAUGAGCAAAACCAGCACCUUUUAUCCAAGGUUAAACAACUAGAACUAGAGUUGGCUCACAUGAAAUCAGAACUGUUAACUCCACAAGACUUGAAGACCAGCUGUGAGAAAGUAGAUACAAUUCAUGAAAAGGUAGAUGCCCAGGUCAAAGAAUCUGUCAAACUUAUGUUUUUUGGUGACCGACAAGAAGACUUUUCUGAAUCACUACUCCAAUGGCUAACAUCCAAAUUUGUGAGCAAGAGCGAUCUGCAGGUUUUGUUACAAGAUCUAGAGCUGCAAAUCCUCAAGAAUAUUACUCUCCACAUGUCUAUUACAAACCAAAAGCCAACCUCUGAAGUAGUAACAAGUACAGUAAAUAAUGCAGUGAUUUCUGGCAUCACAGAAGCGUGUUUAAACGAAAAGGUGGAGACCAGCCCAUCCCCAAGUAAACAAGGCAUAGGCAUCUAUUUUCAUUGUUUGACUCUUCUGAGAAGAGAGAGCAGUACAAAAACAGAGGUAGAGUUGGUAUCUGCAUUUCACUCCCCUGUUCGGUUAGGGGGGGUGGGAGGAGAGAGGGAGCAGUUUAUGUACAUAGAGGUGUCCCUUGCAUCCUCCUGAGAAAUUUCUGACACUUUCAUGAAUGUACUCUGCAGUUAUCCCCCAAAGGUUUCUAGGGAUGGCUGACUUUGUUAUUCCUCCACUGUAGGACACUUACACACACACACACCUCCGCAAGGAGUUCUGCUGGCACAAUUGCAGUAAACAGGCUAGCAGCAUAUGGACCCGGGUGGCUUUGGGAUGUUCUCUGUGCCUUUGUUACUCUCAGAAGUGAGAUAAUAUAAAAUCACCACCUCCUGUUGAAAAUAGUGCCAAUAUUUAGCACCGUUGUCCUAUACGCGUAUCUAUGGAGAAAGGGAUUGAAAUUUUGUUUCAUGCAACCAAAAAUCUUAGUGCCUGCCUCCCCACACUCCUCCUUUGCCCCUGCUGAGCCAUACACACCAUGGCUGAGACUGGAGAGCAGUGCUGUGCAGAGAUACUCCAAAGCUGAAGUGUCAAUAAGCAUGUCAUUAAAAAAAUUAUGGGAAUAAGGGCAGGGGAUUUUGAAACUUGUAUCUUUCCCUUUCUGUUGUAAAUCCAAUGAUACAUAUCUCUGUUUCAUCUGUAGCUGCUCCAUUGUGGCCCCCUCCACACCACUGGAACCCUGAGGAGAAGAAAGAAGAGGGCUAGUGAGAUCCUGCAAGCCAGUGAUGCAUCAGACUGCAAACAAAAGGCCUGUAUGGCCAGCGUGGCAGAUGGCAUGGGGAGGGAUAGAGAGGACAGGAGAAAAUGGAGAAAGACCCAGAAAUCCCAGCAGGAAAAGGAGAGAAUUUCUCAGGCAGCAAACACAAAUGCUGCAUACUCUGGUUGACCUACAAGUCCAGUAAUCACCAACUCGCCACCCUUUGCAGUCCCUGGAGAACUUCAUGGUGGCAGCUUUCCAUGCACCCCAACAUUCCACCUGGCAUCCUGGGCCCCAUCUCUACUGCUACCACUCCAUGCUGGUGGAUAGUAAGGAAAACUACAGCUUCACAUACACUGUCCUAUGAGAGCCACAGUUGCUUUGUGUAGCCAGAAUAGACUGCACUUGUGCACUGAAAUGGACAGAAAUGUUUGCUGCCUUUCUGAUUUUAAAAUUCUGUUCCAUUAAUAUAUGUAAGAAGCUUGUAUUGUAUUGUCCUUUAUUAUAUGCACAUUGAUUAUUUUGCACUGUUUUUGUCACUCAAAUUUCUAUUAAAAAAUAUAUAAUUUUUUAAAAAAUAAAUUUAGUUCACCUCUCCUACUGCAGAAUGCAUAGUGGUACUCGAGCACCCAGGACUUUUAAGUUUAUGGCACCACAGAACUCAUAGGUUCAACAAAACACCAGAUUCAACAAAACGCUAGUCAAGUGUGUAAAUGUACAGCAAGCUGCAUGUAAUUCAUAGGUUCACUAAAAGACAGUGUCAUAUGUAUAAAUGUACCACUAGCACUACACAGUUCCUAACUGGCCCUACGGGUUUGGGGGCUCAGCACAGACCAACAUGGUGCAUUAAUGUGGCUGACUAUUAUAGUGCUCUUUCAAAGUCUUCUACAACCGCAUAGUUCCACAUUAAGCCUUUAUGUCUUGCUGUUCAAACUCAGCAGACAGCCACUCCACCUCCACCCUGGCAGCUUUUCCCCUUUGCCUCAGAGAUAUUAUACGAGGCACAGCAAGCUGCUAUAACCUUUGGGAUACUUUUUUUUUUUCCCCCUGAAAUUCAGUAUUGGAAGUACACACCAGUGUCCCUUCAGUCUACCAAAAGCACUUUCAACUGUCCUCCUUUAAAUACUGAGCUGGUGGUUAAAUCUUUCCUGUGUGCUGUCAAGGUGGCUUUUAGUGAACCAUGGGAACAAGGGGUAGGCAGGGUCUUCCAGUAUCGUUAUAGGGAUUUCAGUAUCGCCAAUGAUGAUUUGCUGGUUGGGAAAGAAUAUCUGUUUUCAGCUUUCUGAACAGUCCUAUGUUCUUAAAGAUGUGAGUGUCAUACACCUUCCCUGACCAGCGCCCAUUUAUAUCAGUGGAGCAUCCCUGGUGAUCCAUCAACACAUGCAUAGCCAUAGAAAAGUAAGCCUUUUCUGUGGAUGUACUCUGUGGCAAGGUGGGCUGGUCCCAAAAUAGGGAUAUGCAUGCCAAGUAUCGCCCCACCGCAGUUUGGGAACCCCACUGCUGCAAAUCCAUCCACUGUGUCCUGUACGGUACUGAGAGUCAGUCCUGCAUAGCAGGACACUAUUAACGGCCCCCAAUGUGGAUUUUCUAACUCCAAAAUGAUUUCCCACUGACCAGUACUAAUCCAGCAUUGCAAGCUUCCAAGUGUGAUUGCCAUUCGCUUCUUAACUGUCAUCGCAGCUCUUAUUCUGGUGUUCCUGCGCUGGAGGGCUGGGGCAGACAUUUGAAAGUUCUGCAGCUACUGCAUCUCAUCCUAUACCUGCAUUGCAAUGCAUCUCACCAGUCAGUGCUCAUUUCUCAGGCCCAGAAGGGCCGCUCCACUUUCUGCAGGUGCUCGGUGAACACCACCAGCAGCCUUGAAUUGUUUUUCACUCUGUCCCUUAACAGUCUGUCCUUGAAGAAAUCGUUAUGUCCCCAAGUAUUGCAGUUCUUUCUCCGGGUCUGCAGAUACCAGGAGAUCUUGCAUCCUGUAUUUGCAACAUUCAUAAGGACAGUGCAGAGCUGCGUGGGCUCCAUGCUUUUGUCAGAGAUAGCCGAUGCAGAAAAGGGUUGUGGGGGUUUGUCGGAUUCUUUAAAAAAGCAUGAAGAUUACGGGAUAUGGAUGGCAUUAUGGGAUGGAGAAAGUUGUAUGCAGGAACUUGACCUUUCACUCCCAGAGGUCCCUGCAUGAUUCAUUUCUAUUUCACAACACAUUGCGAUAAUUUCCCAAAAAGAUUUAGCUAUGUGGCAGUGGGUGGGGCACACUGGGAUGCCUUCCUGUGGUGCACUGCACUCUACUUUGACACAAGCACUCCUGAGUACAUGCAGUGCAGACACAAGCAGCCAAGUAUACACAAGCAGUGUACUAACAUGGGGCAGCUGUAUGCUGAUGUAAUUUGCAUCAACCAGAAUUUGUAGUGUAGAUGUGGCCUUAUGCUUCAGUCAGCAGUCUCCUCUGGUGGAUUGUUAAUUCGGUAGUUACAAUAGACUUUCUAGUCUUGUGACUUAGAAAACUAUUAUUCCUAUCCUAAAACAAGUAGCCACAUUGGCUGCAAUAAAGAAAUAUAAAGUAAAUUCCAUUACCCUUUACGAUCUGUAAUGCCUGUCAAACCAUGCUGUCUUGGGAGCUGAGGAAUACCUAAAGUAUAAAGAAAAAUAAAAUAUAACCUAAUGGAGAGAAGACUGAGACUUACAGAAAUGCCAUUCAGAGUGAUCUAGUGUGAUGAUCAUAGUCUGACUGGCACUCAUCAAAAAUUGGCUAAUGUAUCUUAAAGAUAUUGGUUCCAAAGAUUCUGUGAUAUAGUACAAUUUUAUUACGUGUUUAUACUAUCUUAGUUAAUAAAGACUGUUGAAUGCAUGUAUGUCUAAUACCAAACAUGUUUUCUUUUUCCAUACUCUCUCUCUUC